AUGGCAGCAUCCACGGCACUGAUUCUGCAGGAGAGCCCCAGCAUGAAGAAAGCAGUGUCGCUGAUAAAUGAAAUAGAUAGAGGAAGAUUUCCACGAUUGCUCACCCCAAUUCUUCAAAAACUUCAUCUGAAGGCUGAGAAUAGUUUCAGUGAAGAAGAGGAAGAAAGACUUCAAGCUGCAUUUUCUCUAGAGAGACAAGAUCUUCACCUAGUUCUUGCAACAAUAUCAUUCAUUUUAGAACAGGCAGUAUACCACAACGUGAAGCCAGCUGCUUUGCAGCAGCAGUUAGAGAACAUUCAACUUAGACAAGACAAAGCAGAAGCAUUUGUCAGCGCUUGGUCGUCUAUGGGUCAAGAAACCAUUGAAGUAUUCAGGCAGAGGAUUCUCGCACCCCACGAGCUGGAGACGGUCGGAUGGCAGCUUAACCUUCAGAUGGCUCAUCCUGCCCAAGCAAAACUAAAAUCUCCUCAAGCUGUGUUACAGCUAGGAGUGAGCAAUGAAGAGUCGAAGAGCCUGAAGAAAGUUCUUGAGGAAUUCAGUCACAAGAAAUUGUUUGAUUUCUAUAACAAGCUUGUGACCAUACAAGCACAGCUGGAUUCCCUUACAUGAUGUUCUCCAAGACUUGUUU